AUGGCAAGGGUUCCAAGAAAUUUCCGUCUCCUCGAGGAGCUUGAGAAGGGCGAGAAGGGCAUCGGGGAUGGGUCGUGCUCGUACGGUCUCGAAGAUGGAGACGAUAUCAUGAUGAGCCACUGGAACGGCACGAUCAUUGGUCCUGGACAUACGGUGCACGAGAACAGGAUUUAUAGUCUCAAGAUUACAUGUGGAGAGAGUUACCCCGACCAACCACCCACCGUCCAAUUUGUCUCUCGAGUCAACCUUCCAUUUGUGAACCAAAUCGACGGCAAAGUCGAUCCGCACAAACUUCCCGUAUUGGCGCAUUGGAACAGGAACAGUAGUAUCGAGACAGUUCUUGUAGAGAUUCGCAGGGAGAUGGCUUCAUUCAACAAUCGCAAGCUUCCUCAGCCUCCGGAAGGCAGCACUUUCUAG